UCCAUUGGAAAGGGUCUUCUUGUUAAGGGAUGAUGAUUGAUAACCCUUUGUAGUUAGCUCAGUGAAUAUCUCUUUGUUUUGCAACGUUAAGAUCUUUGAGAAAGAUGGGGGGUUUUCUUAUGCCUUGUUGAAGCUUUCUUGGUUUCCAGUUUAUGAAAAGGGUCUUCUUGUUAAGGGAUGAUGACCCUAUGUAGGUAGCUCAUUGAAUAUCUCUUUGUUUUGAAAAGUGGAGAUUUUUGAGAAAGGUGGGAUCUUUUCUUAUGAUUAUUGAAGCUCUUCUUGGUUUCUAAACUGAUACUAUGGUUCCUGUUUUCUCCAUCAUUUUGCUGAAUUGUCCAUUAAAAAGGGCCUUCUUAUUAAGGGAUGAUGAUGACCAUUUGCUGUUGUCACUCUGAGUUUAUUUAGAAAAAAAGUAACUGUUGUGGCAGCAAUAAUUUGGGUUAUGUCUGUUCAGCUUAUUCAAUUCUUGUACUUGCCUAUUUCAAGAACUGCUGGUUCAUGUUAAAGAUUGUCCUUUUUUCUGUAUUAAACUAUGUUAUUUCAUGUAAAUGUGUUGAUUAAAUCCAGAAAUUAUUACAAUAGCUGCAAAGUUGAAGGUAUCAUCAAUUUCAGAUACUUACUGACAAUGGGGGCUUCAGAAGCUGCCCUACAACUUUUAUCCGGUAAGCUUUCAUGUCAAGUCCGAACAAGUUCAAUCUUGGCGAAGUCAAACUCUUUACUUUGCUAUGAACGUUGUUUUAAAGCUAGAAAUUGCGGGGACUGGAGGUAUAAGCAGAUAAAGGGUUUAAAAAAGCUGCAAGAUUGCUCGAGUUUACAUGCUUUUCGUGGCUUACAUAGUGUUUUCCGGGGUGAAAAGAUUCAUAAUCGGUCCAAUUUAUCGAUCUGCAAUUGCCAACAACCUGAAAGAGUCAGUGAGACAAUCAUUAAAGGUGGAAAUCGAAAGUCGAUGCACACUGUGCCUCCAAAGAUUCCAAAUCUUACUCCAGAUGAACAGAACAUGAAGCAGGAAAAUGGAGCUAGGCCUUUCAGUGAAGGUUUUAAAACUGCUGCCUCAGUUAAUAGUAGGCCUAGAACUAACACGGAGUCUAUUGAGGAUGAAGCGUGGCAUUUUUUGCGAGCUGCCAUGGUUUAUUACUGUGGCAGCCCAGUUGGAACUAUAGCUGCUAAUGAUCCAAGUGAAGCAACUAUGCUAAACUAUGAUCAAGUAUUUAUACGUGAUUUUAUACCUUCUGGGAUAGCAUUCCUUCUAAAAGGAGAAUAUGAUAUUGUGAGGAACUUUAUACUUCACACGCUUCAGUUGCAGAGUUGGGAGAAAACAAUGGAUUGCUAUAGUCCAGGUCAAGGACUUAUGCCUGCCAGCUUCAAAGUGCGUACAAUUCCACUUGAUAAUGACGAAUCUGCAACAGAAGAUGUACUGGAUCCAGACUUCGGCGAGGCAGCAAUUGGUCGAGUUGCACCUGUGGAUUCAGGAUUAUGGUGGAUUAUAUUGUUGCGAGCAUAUGGGAAAUGCUCUGGAGAUCUUUCUCUUCAGGAGAGGGUUGAUGUCCAAACUGGAAUGAAGAUGAUACUCAGGCUAUGUCUUGCAGAUGGCUUUGAUAUGUUUCCCACUUUGCUGGUGACUGACGGUUCUUGCAUGAUAGAUCGUCGCAUGGGAAUCCAUGGCCACCCUCUGGAAAUUCAGGCGUUAUAUUAUUCGGCCUUACUUGGUGCACGGGAGAUGCUUGCUCCAGAGGAGGCAUCAACAGACCUUGUUAGGGCACUUAACAAUCGUUUGCUAGCAUUGUCAUUUCAUAUUAGGGAAUACUACUGGAUCGAUGUGAAAAAAUUGAACGAGAUUUAUAGAUACAAAACGGAGGAAUAUUCAUACGAUGCAAUCAAUAAGUUUAAUAUAUAUCCAGAUCAAAUUCCUCCCUGGCUGGUGGAAUGGAUGCCUAGUGAAGGGGGUUAUCUUAUAGGAAACCUGCAGCCAGCUCACAUGGAUUUCCGGUUCUUUUCACUUGGGAACGUUUGGUCCAUCGUAAGCAGUCUUGCUAACAUAGAUCAGUCACAUGCCAUUUUAGAUCUUAUUGAAGCCAAAUGGGAGGACUUAGUAGCUGAUAUGCCACUGAAGAUAUGUUAUCCUGCUCUUGAGGGCCAGGAAUGGCGCAUUAUUACUGGUGGUGAUCCGAAAAACACGCCUUGGUCUUACCAUAAUGGAGGAUCCUGGCCAACGUUGCUCUGGCAGCUGACUGUGGCAUGCAUAAAAAUGAAGAGGCCUGAAAUUGCUGAAAAAGCAAUUAAGAUCGCGGAAAGACGCAUAUCCAGAGACAGGUGGCCUGAAUACUACGAUACAAGGCGAGGAGGGUUCAUCGGGAAACAGGCACGUCUCUUUCAGACUUGGACUAUUGCAGGAUAUCUAGUAGCAAAGCUACUUAUUGCCAAUCCAGAGGCUGCAAAGAUGGUAAUCAAUGUGGAGGAUACAGAACUUCUAAGUGCUUUUUCAAGCAUACUGAGUUCAAACCCAAGACGAAAACGUUCACGAAAAAGAGUUAAACAGUCUUUCAUCAUAUGAUAGUUUUCUUUUUGUUACUUAAGCCUUAGUGUGUACUAUUGACCUGAGAUGAGCUCAAAUGGAAUGAUAUUGUCAGUGGAGAUUCAUAUAGUCGACUCCCAAAAUGCUCAAGAUUGAAGCAUACUUUGUGUUGUUACAUAAAAGUCUUUGUAUAGUUACUAUAUCUGUCCGAUAUACAUAUUAGUAUUUUUCCCGCAUGUC